CAAUAGUUAUGUUCCCAGGACUAAAAGACAAACUGUAAUAAUUUGUUACUCUAUAACAUUAGUGACAUUUAUUUCAAAGUAACCCUUAUUUUUUAUUAAGCAUGUAAGUAAAAAAUAUAUUUUUUCGUCUUUGUGGCCACAGGCUUUUGUUUAUAUUUGGUAUUUAUAUUUUACAAAACACGGCAUUAAACUCAGGGAGGUGCCUUGAUUAAACCUAGUCUGUAUAAAGAAAUAUCAACGAAACCCUCCAUUAAUUAUCACAACUACAGAAAUACAAACGCCAAAUAUUGACGCCAAAUAACUUGGUGAGAGAGAUAAUACAUAUUCGUACAAUCGAGAAAAAUCUCACAACUAACUCUUGCUUCUUUCAAACUUUUCCGCAGCGAAGAACGAUUUUCUUUGUCUCUGUGUUUUUUUAGUUUCACACUAUGUCGAAGAAUGUAGAUAAAAAAUCUUAUAUAUGUGAGAAGUCAUUUACCUUAAUGUGUAAUUUAAAGACACAUCUAUUUACGCACAAAGAUGAGAAACCACGUGUAUGCGAAAGCAGUGGCAAGUCCUUCAGACAAGAAGAUAGUUUAAAGAAGCAUAUACUUAUUCAAACUGGUGAAAAACCAUUUGUGUGUAAUAUGUGUAAUAAAUCAUUUACACUGAACCAGAACUUAAAACGGCAUUUUCUCACGCACACAGGCGAGAAGCGUUAUGCAUGUGCAAUGUGCAGCAAGUCUUUUGCUGUGAAGUGUAAUUUAAACAGGCAUAUGCGUACACACCGAAACGAAAAACCUUAUGUAUGUCAAAUAUGUAAUUUAUCCUACUCACAAAAAUUUAAUUUGGAGCGACAUAUGAAUGUGCAUAACGGCCAGAAAAGACAUGAAUGUGACACCUGCAGCAAAACGUUUGCAACAAAGGAUUACUUGCGAAAUCACUACCGUAUACAUUCAGGAGAGAGACCGCAUGUAUGUGAUGUAUGCUGCAAAUCGUUUAUACACAGAUCUGAUUUAAGCAGGCACAUUAACAUUCACUCGGGAGAGAGAUCAUACAUGUGUGAAAUAUGUGGCAAAUCAUUUUUAAUGAAGAGUAGCUUGUUGUGUCACACUCGUAUACAUUCAGGUGAUAAACCUCAUGUGUGUGAUAAAUGUAAUAAAGCAUUUGUAUCAAAGACAGAUUUGAAUGUGCACAUACGUAGACACACCGGUGAGAAGCCGUAUAAAUGCAUUAUCUGUAGUAAAUGUUUUUCAUGUAAAGAUUAUUUGAAUUUGCACAUGCGGACCCACAGUGGAGAGAAACCAUAUGUUUGUGACAUGUGUGGCAAGGCUUUUGGAUGGAAAUGUAGUUUAAAUGCACAUAUUCGUCUACACAGCAGUGAAAAAAAAUUUGUAUGCGAUAUAGGUAGGAAAGCAUUUGCCCAAAAAGAUCAUUGAAUGCUCAUUGUCUUACACACUCAGAAGUGAAACCACAUAUUUAAAUGUAUGUUAAUUUUCAUAUUUUCAUAAAAGUUAAUCUUUAAUUGCAAAUUAGAACUGAUUAGAACUGAUAAAAAUUAUUGAUGAUUGUGAAUUAGAACUGAUUAAAUUUAUGAACUGCAAUUAAAAAAGUUGAAUAAAAAGAAUCAGUAAGUUGUUCUUUCUUAGAGAAUAAUAAUUUUAAGACUACUCUGAAGCAAUAUGAGAUAAUUAUGCUUCUCACUCUGUUUGGCAGAAUAAACGAGUCCAAACGAGACUUGACACUACGACUGUAACUGAUAUGCCAUGUCAAACAAAGGUAAUGUGUGAGGCAGUAUGGAGUUAAAGAAACACCAGGAGAGUCCGAGAGUUCAAAUUUGUGACACAAUAGAUAUGUUACUGAUAUGUAUGAUACAAAUGCAGUAGGACGACAACAGUAUAUAUAGCAUACUUUGGACUUCUUUCAUUAUUUUGAACAAUUCUUAUACAUCAGAAGCAGUAUUGCUAUUAUUGUCAUUAGGUCUAAAAUUUUUUGCAUUAUUCGAAUAAUUUCUUUUAGACUGAUUAUUAUUAAUAUUUGCUGAUAGAUGAGCAACCUGAGCAGCAGCAGGCGGUUUCAUAAUAGUUGGGGGAGUAGCAUUGGCAGUAAGAGGAGUACGCACUGCUGGUACUUCCAUAACUGUCUCUGGUGCAGUCAACUUUAACGCUUGUGUGUAACUGAGCCCUGGUUUAGUAAUAGAACUCUUAUUAGUCUUUUUAAGUGAUGGGAACUUAGGGCAACCAUUAUAAGAUGCCACGUGUGGCCGUUGGCACAUUUUGGAUUUUCUAUUUGCCCCUGGUGAUCACAAUUGCCAGUACAGUGGCAACCUGCACACUUGACGCAACGUGGUGCCACGUGGCAGUUAUCAGAAGAAUGAUGCCAUUUCUGGCAAUUGUGACACUGGCAACAUAUUUUUCAAUUUUUAUUGCAAAGUACAUGAGAUAAUUCAACUUAUAUAUAUCAUCAAUAUUUUUGCCUGGUAUAAUUUGUGCCUGAAAAAGUGGCAUAGGUUUUUUUUUUUGUCUUGUAUCUGGUUAGUUGUACAACUUUAUGCACAUUAAAAUUAUAUUUUCUCAGAGAUUCUUUAAUUAUUUCAAUAUCUGCAUCCAUACGUAGAUCCCUAAUUAGUACCUUAAUAGGCUUUUUAUGAACAGGAUUAACUACAUAGUGUUCUAUUUCUUUAUCAAUAAAGUAUUGGCUUAGAAUUCUGUGAUCAUUUUCAGUAGCAGGUUCUACUUUUAAAAACUCGUUGCUCACAUGGCCACAAAAAUGACAAUCAGGUAACAUAACAUUUAAAGCUUUCAAAAAUCAUAAUAUUUAAUAUUCUCCGGGGGCCGAACUAUAAUCAGUGGGGCAAGAGGGUUAACUGCUACUGCUGCAUAUUCCCAGUCUGAGGAUUAACAUUAUCAUCAAUAGUAUUAGCAGUAUCCAUAUUAUUCACAUUAUUAGUACAGACAAAAGUCGUUAAUCUGGACUCGUCGGGACUUCGGCGAUUCUGGAUUAUAGAUCAUCAGUUUAAAUCUG